AUGCUCCACGAAACGCUUCACAGGUGGGCAGGCUGUCUGUUUGUGAUACUGUCGCUUCACAGUGUUUGUGGCAAUGUUGUGCAGGACGAGUUACAAACGAAAGACUUUAACGAUAACCAGUGCGGGAAACGAUUGGCCCAACGGGAAGGCCUUGUGAAGGGUGGCUACACUACGCGUCCCGGUGACUGGCCAUGGCAUGUGGCUCUUUAUCAGCGAGGCAUCAGCAGCGAUGGGUUCGAGUAUGCGUGUGGUGGCAGCAUUGUGCAUCGGUAUCUGGUACUAACGGCUGCACACUGCGUCACGUUCGCCGCUAGUCGACGGAAAAUACCGACCGAAAACUUGCUACUAAAGUUAGGCCGCUUCAAUCUGUCGAACGAGAUGGAGGAACAUGCGGAGGAGUUCAAUGUGAUAGAAACGAUCGUGCACGUGGGCUUCCAGCCAACAACGUUCGAGAACGAUAUCGCCAUCUUGCGGGUGGAAAUUCCGAUUAUUUUCAACGAGUACAUUCAACCUGUUUGUCUUUGGAAGCGUGACGAUGGGUUUGUCCUACCGAAUGUUUACGGACAGUCGGGCACGGUUGUUGGGUGGGGUCUGGCGGAUGAAAAUCGCGUCGGAUCGGCCCUCAAUGAAGCUCGGAUGCCGGUGGUUGAUUCGUUGACGUGUCUGGCUAGUGAUCGCGCCUUUUUUGGACGAUUACUGUACGCGAAAGCAUACUGUGCUGGAUACAAAAAUGGAACCGGCGUGUGUAACGGAGAUAGUGGCGGAGGAAUGUUUUUCCAGUUCCAAAACCGUUGGUAUUUAAAGGGCGUAGUAUCAUUCAGCAACACGAUCGACUCGAGCGGACUGUGCAAUUUGAAGCAGUACAUCGGAUUUACCGAUGCUUCACAGUACAUCGAUUGGUUGUACGAAAACACUCCAAACAGUGGAAUCGACGAUCCGAUCCUGGGACAUCCCAAUAUUCGGCUUAUCAAUCAAGGAAACUGUGGACGGAAUGAGCAUAUUUACGAGUUCGAAGAGAAGCGCAAACCCAUCUUCAAGCAGUACCCCUGGAUGGUAACGUUGCGCCAUCCGUUCCAGGAUUCCGAGUACGUUCCCUGCAACGGGGUUUUGCUCAAUCGAAACUACAUCCUCACGACCACUUGUGUCGAUUGGCAAGACGAAGUCAGCGUAACGCUAGGUGAUUACGACACAGGCAAAACGAAGGACUGCGGUAUGAUCGACGGAUCGGAGCAAUGCAUUUCCUCUGUGCAGACCGUAUCAGUGGGUCAGGUGUUUCGGCAGGAUGAUCUCGUGCUCGCCCGUCUAACCAUUCCAGCGGUUGUUGGUCGCCGGGAUUACAUUGAAGCGAUCUGUCUUCCGGUAACUCCCCAGCAGCGCGAACGUCUGUACAAUCGCUACAUCAUGACGGGCUGGAAGGAGAGUGGGUCCGAUUCGAAAAUAUUGCAACGCGAUGUGCUUGAUGCAGUCGAUUUAAAUCGGUGUCGGACGGAAUUGGAGGCUGAGGGUUAUCAUGCUGAAGCGGCAGAAAAUACCAACAGUAAGAUCAUUUGUGCCCGAAACCUAAACAAUGCUUCGCGAUCACCACAGUGCAACGAUUAUCAGCCCGGAUCGGUGAUACAGGCGAUAGAGAAGAAGUCUAAUCGAUAUUUACUGUACGGAUUGCAGACGGGCAUUAGCUACUGCGCCGUGCCGGAACGGUACAUUGCUGUCAGCAAGUAUCUGCAAUGGAUUUUAGAUAACAUUCGUGGAUAACUGUUGGAUGGGGC